ACUUUGCAGUGCUAACUUAUCAGCUAUAACGACUUCACACUUUGAUUUCUCUGGAUUGCCCUCGUCUGAGAUUUUUUUUUUAGCGUCGGGCUCCUCAAGUCACUUCUCCGUGGCUACAGCCCACUGAGGACUCGGUGUUUAACCCGGUGCUCAUGUGCUGGUUCCUUAGGCCCAUCCACUACUGCAGAUGAAUCUUCAGCUGCUUUGGCAUUGCUCAGCACCCAGAUAGUCCCUUCCCCUUUGCGUGGGUGAUAAGGGACUACAUUAACCAGGAUGCCCUCCUCUGUAAGGGCAGGCAGUCUGAAGGAUCCGGAGGUGGCAGAGCUUUUCUUCAAAGAAGACCCAGAGAAGCUUUAUUCUGACCUCCGAGAGAUCGGCCAUGGCAGCUUCGGCGCUGUCUACUUCGCACGGGAUGUGCGCACCAAUGAGGUGGUGGCAAUUAAAAAGAUGUCCUACAGUGGCAAACAGUCCAAUGAGAAAUGGCAGGACAUCAUAAAGGAGGUGAAGUUUCUCCAGAGGAUCCGACACCCGAACAGUAUAGAGUACAAAGGUUGUUACCUCCGCGAACACACAGCAUGGCUCGUGAUGGAGUACUGUCUUGGUUCAGCUUCUGAUCUGCUUGAAGUUCAUAAAAAACCUCUACAAGAAGUAGAGAUUGCUGCCAUAACACAUGGUGCUCUGCAGGGGUUGGCCUACCUUCAUUCCCACAACAUGAUCCACAGGGAUGUGAAGGCAGGUAACAUUCUGCUGACGGAGCCGGGGCUGGUCAAACUGGCAGACUUCGGCUCUGCCUCCAUCGCCUCGCCUGCCAACUCCUUUGUAGGAACGCCAUAUUGGAUGGCACCGGAGGUGAUUCUAGCUAUGGAUGAGGGUCAAUAUGAUGGGAAGGUGGAUAUCUGGUCCUUAGGGAUUACCUGUAUAGAAUUAGCGGAGAGGAAGCCUCCCUUGUUUAACAUGAAUGCAAUGAGUGCCUUAUACCACAUAGCGCAGAAUGAAAGCCCUACACUGCAAUCCAGUGAAUGGACGGAUUACUUUAGAAACUUUAUCGAAUCUUGCCUUCAGAAAAUCCCCCAGGACAGGCCACAUUCGGAUGACAUGCUGGGUCAUGCAUUUCUUCAGCGUGAACGUCCAGACUCGGUGCUGAUGGAUCUCAUUCAGAGGACCAAGGAUGCAGUACGAGAGCUGGACAACUUGCAGUACCGUAAGAUGAAGAAGAUCCUCCUCCAGGAGGCCCACAACGGACCCACAGCAGAGACCCAGGAUGGAGAGGAGGAGCUGGAGCCGGGCGGAGGUCGAACAGGAACAGUGAACAGUGUGGGCAGUAAUCAGUCCAUCCCCAGCAUGUCCAUCAGCGCCAGCUCACAGAGCAGCUCUGUCAACAGUCUGAACGAAGCAGCGCAGGACAGCCGCAGUGAGCUGGACCUGAUGGAGGGAGACCACACGGUCAUGUCCAACAGCUCCGUCAUACACCUCAAACCGGAGGAAGAGGAGAGUUUCUCUGAGGAGCAGGCAGCCACCAGCGAACCCUCUGAGCCUCAGCCGACACCAGCUCAGGCACCAAGGAAGCACUACCGUAACAGAGAGCACUUUGCCACCAUCCGCACGGCGUCACUCGUAACCCGUGAGAUGCAGGAACACGAGCAGGACUCUGAGCUGCGGGAGCAGAUGUCGGGGUACAAACGCAUGAGACGGCAGCAUCAGAAGCACCUGAUGGGGCUGGAGAACAAGCUGAAAGGAGAGAUGGACGAGCACAGGCUGAGGCUGGACAAGGAGCUGGAGGGUCAGAGGAACAACUUUACCCAGGAGAUGGAGAAGCUUCUCAAGAAACACCAGGCGGCCCUGGACAAGGACUUGAAGACAUUUAGCAACGAUGAGAAGAAGUUCCAGCAGCACAUCCAGGUUCAGCAGAAGAAGGAGCUCAGCAGCUUCCUGGAGUCCCAGAAGCGAGAGUAUAAACUACGCAAGGAGCAGCUUAAAGAGGAACUGAGUGAGAACCAGUCGACUCCCAAAAAAGAGAAGCAAGAGUGGCUGUCCAAGCAGAAAGAGAACAUCCAACACUUCCAGGCAGAGGAGGAGGCUAACCUGCUGAGGAGACAGAGGCAGUACCUGGAGCUGGAGUGUCGGCGGUUCAAACGCAGGAUCCUUAUUGCCAGACACAAUGUGGAGCAGGAUCUGGCCAGAGAGGAGCUGAACAAACGGCAGACACAGAAGGACCUGGAGCAUGCCAUGCUGCUCAGGCAUCACGAAUCGAUGCAGGAGCUGGAGUUCAGGCACUUGGGGACGAUUCAGAAGGCGAGGGCAGAGCUGAUCAGAACCCAGCACCAGACUGAACUCACCAACCAGCUGGAGUACAACAAGAGGAGGGAGAGGGAGCUGAGGCGGAAGCAUGUCAUGGAGGUUCGACAGCAGCCCAAGAGCCUCAAGUCCAAGGAGCUCCAGAUUAAGAAGCAGUUCCAGGAGACUUGUAAAACCCAGACCAGGCAGUACAAGGCCCUCAGGAACCACCUGCUGGAGACCACGCCCAAGUCUGAGCACAAGGCCGUGCUCAAGAGGCUGAAAGAGGAGCAAACCAGGAAGCUGGCCAUCCUGGCUGAGCAGUACGACCACUCCAUCAAUGAAAUGCUUUCCACGCAGGCUCUGCGGUUGGACGAGGCUCAAGAAGGGGAGUGUCAGGUUCUGAGGAUGCAGCUGCAGCAGGAGCUGGAGCUGCUCAACGCGUACCAGAGCAAGAUCAAGAUGCAGACAGACGCUCAGCAUGACAAGGAGAGGAGGGAUCUGGAGCAGAGGGUAUCUCUGCGGAGGGCCCUGCUGGAGCAGAAAAUUGAGGAGGAGAUGCUAGCCCUACAGAACGAGCGUCUGGAGAGAAUCCGCUCCCUGUUGGAGCGCCAGGCUCGAGAGAUUGAAGCCUUUGACUCAGAGUCCAUGCGCCUGGGCUUUAGCAACAUGGUGCUCACAAACCUGGCCCCUGAUUCCCAGGGAGGCUGGGGGGGAGGAGGUGGAGGAGGAGGCCAGGGGGCUCAGGGGGGAGGCCACUGGCCCGGAGGAGGAGGAGGAGGUGGUGGUGGUGGUGGCCACCACAGUCAUCACCACCAGGGGGGCUCCAGCUCACAGCAGCCCUGGGGUCAUCCCAUGCUGGCCGGGGGCCCGCCUCCCUGGAGCCUCCACCACCCUGGAGGAGGGAGUCAGAGGGGGAGUGGAGCAGGCGCAGGAGGGGUGAGGAACAGCCCGCAGGCUAUGAGGAGGACGUCAGCAGGGGGGAGGAAUGAACAGGGCAUGAGCAGGAGCGCCAGCAUCACCUCUCAGAUCUCCAACGGAUCCCACCUGUCUUACACCUAGAACACACGCUUACCUUACCCACGACACGUUGGUUGUCUUCAAGUGAAAUCGACACACGAUCACACACCAUGUAUGCACCACACAUGCUUCACUCACACUCGUUGUUGUUUCCAACAGUUAAUCUUAAAAAAGUGUUAACACUGGAUUUACCAUCACCACUUUCAGUCUCUUCCAUGAGUGCUAGCAGCAGUCUGUGGAAACCCAAAGGGCUUGAGGCCAAAUCCCGGAUAGCUGACAGCCAUAGAAGGCAUGCCACAGUGCAAUAGUGUCAUUUUUUACAGCAGCCUGCAAUGCUUUUCCAUGUGUAUAUAUUUGCCAUGUUAGUUCGUGUUGCCAUAGACCCAGAGUAAUGAUUGUAACAACUACCAGAGGUUUGUAGUCCUUUGUUUGCAGUAUGCUAUUUUAAACGCAAUAGCCCAUUGAGGUGCAUUAUGGGAAAAUAUGCAUUCAGUAUGCUAUUUUAAGAAUGACAUUAGAUAGUGUGCCCUCUAGAGUUAAGCAUAUCAUCUUUAUUGAAGGAAAGUUUAAUGACAUUAAUCUUAAAGUGAAAUGUAACAGGAAGAGGAGAGGGCAGGUGGUGUUUAGGGCUCUGAUGAUUGAAGAGCAGAAGUCUAGAGAGUGAAAAAGAAAGAAGGUUGUUGUAAGUGAGUAUCGUUGGGUAUCAUAAUGUCAACAUAAAGUCGCAGCGCAGAGAUGGCUGACUACAAUAAUGGAUACUUUUAAGACAAGUUUUCAUUCCAGCCUGAAUGACUUUUUUCAGAAGUAUAUCCUACAGUUGAGAGAAAAUCUACCUAAAAAAACAAUAUAAAAAACACGUAUGUCAAUGCCAAAGAUGCCAAAGGUAUAAGUGCAGAGUUUGUCAUCAAUGCCAAUAAUCAAAGAGAUUUUUUUCCAGAGAUUCAGGUUGAGUCAGUAAAUUGUGGCCAAAUAGAUGCAUGCGUUGCAGAAUCAAAAAAGAGCAUACUCAGUGUAGUUGGCUCAGCUCUUGUGUUUCCACAGGUCUCUGCCCUUUCACUCUCACCCGUCCAAUGGACGGCUAACCGAAGGAAUACUGUACACCUAUUAGUCCAGCACCCUCACUAAGGGGUGGGUUUAGCUUCCAGAAGCCCACAUUUGCUUGAAUGCUUUCAAAACUGGUGUUCUCCCGCCCCUCGUUUGCAGUCAUUUCUUGGUCGAAUUUGGUGAUGUAUCUGUUGGUGAAACUCUCUAACCAUGCCUGUCCACCUACCUCGAGAAUUCUCUAGUAGUGCUUUGCAACAGCAGGAGUUAUGUGGCAAUGUUUCUCACACACAGACACACAAACACACACACACACACACACAGACGUAUAUUAAUAUAAAAAAAAUACGAUUUUAUUCCACAGGGAAGAGUUUGUCCCUUUAGACACUUGGAUAAUGAAUGCAUGUAAGUUGGUAAAUUAUGUGAAAAAUGGGAUAUAGCACACUUAGCAGUAGUUAGCCUAGUUGGCUGUAAGUGAGCAACACAAUCCGUGCGACAGUAUCCAUCUCAGCUAACUACAAAUAUCUGUGUGUGAUGUUUUGAUUUACAAAAGAGAAUUUCAUGGAGCCAGUGAACAGGAAGCAGAAAGAGCAGCUGCUCGCCCUCUGCUGGUAGGUGGCCUCUGUAUGUGUCAGCUGAUGGGCGGUGAUGCUGUGAUCUCCACUGCCAUGUCCCUGCAACCUUCCUCCCUACUGACACCCCGCUCUGUCUCACCCCCGGUCGCUCCCCCAUGUGGCGUUCUGACCAGUGAUUCCCUCCUCCCCUCCAGCUUUGUGUCCUCCCCUUUGUGAGCACUGUGUGGUCAUCGCCUCCUCCCUGAUCGACAUGGGAAGAGCUCUUCAAGUGAAAGUAAAGAAGUACAGAAAAUAUAUUUAUGUAAUAUUAUAUAAAUCUAUUGCAAAAGAAGGAUUAUAGUGAAAUAGAGAUUACGGUGGAAGUCUUAUUGUGAAAUGCAGAGAUCGUGCAUUAUGAGUGUCAGAGGUGGAAUGUACAGUAAACAUGUUAAUAUUGUAUAUUUUGAAGUUGAAAAUAUGGACAUCUAAUCGACAAAUCGGAGACAAAUUAACCUGUUGUUAUGCCGACACAGUGACAUUGUUUUAGAUCAGUGGUGCUCACAGGUAACGUUAGAUUAUCGGCCACUGGGUUUUCACAGUCUUCCUCGCAGCUGUGAAUUCACAAACAUGUUAAAGAUAUUCCUUUAACGAACAAUAACUACACAACGUCGGUUUGGAUUGCCUUGAGUAAUGCAACAGUUUCUUGAAUACUGAAUGAGGACGAUUUUUGCACAUUUCAAAUGUAGUUAAGUGUAGCCUCUGCUUUUGCACUGGCCAUUACUGACGUUAUGAUAAAACAUGAUAAAGAAGAAUCAAUACGUCUAUUUAGGUUUUUUUCAUUGUUUUAAGAAGACCUUAGAAAAAUAUACAAAAUCUAAAAAAAAUAUUUGGCUGCAUUAACAAUAUUCAGCACACUUGGCAACCUGAAACUGUUUCUAAAUUCUUGCACAAGAGUAAAUAAGGAUGUUUGACAUUUACAAAUGGUUCCUCUUAGGUGUUGUGGGGUCCACUAUUUGGACUUUUAUUUCUGAUUUAUGAAACCUUUGCCCCCCUGUGGUUUUACACACAAAGUCAUCACACUUAACUCAAGUAUUUGCCUUUAUAAAUCGUACCACCAUGCACUCAGAACUUAUACUCAUCUGGAUUUCAUGGCCUAGUUCUGAAACAGAAAAGAAAAACACAGUAUGUGGUGGUCUCACUUGUCUCUGCAGCCAGUAUGAAGUUGUACCCCACAUCUUUUAUGAACCUGUUUUUCCAGUUUAGUUUUUUAUUUCCUUUUAUUUUAGAAAGGGUUAUUUUAUGUUCCAGAUUAUGUCUACAGAAGGCCAAACUUGUGGCAAAUUUUAUUCAAACCUUCUUCCUUGUUUACUAGAACAACCGGGUGUUUUGCAGGCAGUCGGGGCAGAGUCUAGCUUUAGACCUUGGUCACUUUGAACUGGAUCAGUUGCACUGAUUGCACAAGUGAUUGACCAGAUCAAAGAGUCUGCUGUGACCCCCCCCCUCCCCCCAAAGAGCUGCCAUUGGCUGAAAGAAGGUGGGAGGCAGGGUCACAUCUCUGUACAGUCAGUUUAUCAGUAUUCCCUUUCUCUUCCCUGUCAUUUGGUGGAUCUUGCUGUUUUAUUCCUCUUAGUCCAGAGACCUGUAUUAAACUGUAUUAAAUUGUAUAGAUUGUGAAAAAAAGAUGAAUGUCGCAUAGCAGAAGAGAAAAAAGCUAUUCCUUGCAGAUGAAAAAGUGAUUUAAAAUGUAUAAAAUCAAUUCAGAAACAAAGUUUAGGGGAUAAAUGUAAUAUUUUGUUUGUAAUUACUAUUUUUUGUUGGAAGAGGGCUACUGGAUAAAGAAUCAUCUGUAAUAAAGUAAUUUUAAUAUUU